CAUCCGCGACACGGAGCAGGAGAGCACCGUGGCGCGACGCACUGACAGUGGCAGAGCCUGGAGGAAUCCUGAAGUCCACACACACGAGAGCCAAAAAUGCGCUAAGAAGAAAGACAUCUGCGUGGAGCUGGGUUCAUAACCAAAGAUCUUCUUCUGAAGACACUGAGACACCUGGAGGGGAAACAAAACAAACCAAAACGUACCAGCAACGUACAAGUUGUGAUUUCAGAGGAAAUCAGAAGUGGAAAUGAAUACCAACGAUGCCAAGGAGUACCUCGCGCGGCGGGAGAUACCUCAACUAUUUGAGAGCCUGCUGACAGGUUUGAUGUACUAUCGACCCGAUGACCCCAUCGACUACCUGGAGGCGUGUCUAAAGAAAGCUAGGGAGCUCGGAGGACCAGAGAAAGUACGAUGGGAUACCUUUGUGGGCCAGGAGAAGAAGCCCCUCCCCCCUCUCAAUGGUGGCCAAUCACGCAGGUCCCUCUUCAGAAAUGUGUUGCCCGACAGUCCCAACUUUCCCUACAGACGCUAUGACCGCCUCCCUCCCAUCAGCCAGUUCUCCAUCGAGAGUGACUCGGACCUGUCCGAGACGGCGGAGCUCAUCGAGGAGUAUGAGGUGUUCGACCCAUCGAGACCGCGGCCCAAAGUCAUCCUUGUCAUCGGUGGCCCUGGCAGCGGCAAGGGGACACAGAGCCUGAAGAUUGCCGAGCGCUACGGCUUCCAGUACAUGUCUGUGGGCGAGCUGCUGAGGAAGAAGAUGAUCCACAAUGCCACCAGCAACAGAAAGUGGAGCCUGAUCGCGAAAAUCAUCACCAACGGGGAACUGGCACCACAGGAGACAACAAUAACUGAGAUUAAGCAGAAGAUUAUGAAGAUCCCCGAUGCUAAUGGCAUCGUCAUUGAUGGUUUCCCCCGAGAUGUGGGACAGGCCUUGUCCUUCGAGGACCAGAUAUGCACUCCUGACCUGGUCGUGUUCCUCGCCUGCACCAAUCACCGUUUGAAGGAGAGGCUGCAGAAGCGAGCCGAGCAGCAGGGACGGCCCGACGACAAUCCCAAGGCCAUCGACCGCCGCCUGACCAACUUCAAACAAAACACCAUUCCUCUGGUCAAAUACUUUCAAGAGAGGGGCCUUAUUGUGACAUUGGAUGCCGACCGAGAUGAGGAGGAGGUUUUCUGUGACAUCAGCAUGACGUUGGACAACAAGCUGUUUCCCUCCAAAGAGCCCGCAGCUGGCCCCAGCGAGCUGGACCUGAGUCUACUGGGUGAAAGCAGCAGCCUGGCUGAUGUCACUUUCAAGUACAGUGAGGCUGAAGAUGAGGAAGACAUCGGUUACGCUGAAGGAGCCGCAGAAAGUUAUAGCACAGAACACAGGAAACCAAAGGUCAUCUUCGUGAUUGGUGGUCCAGGCUCGGGGAAGGCGGUCCAGUGCCAGCGGAUGGAGGACAGGUUCGGCCUGCGUCAUGUGACCCUGGGCGACCUUCUGUGUAACGAGCUGCAGUCUCACAGCGAACGAGGGCGCCACCUGCAGGAAGUCCUGGAGAGAGGAGAGCAGCUGCCCAAGGACACAAUGCUGGAGCUGCUGUGUGACGCCGUGGCGUCGUCAGUGCAGCAGCAGCGGCCGGGGAAAGGUCUCGUGAUCAGCAGCUUUCCCAGAGACCUGCAGCAGGCGGAGGAGUACGCAGCCAAGAUGGGUGAACCCAGCGCCGUCCUUCUGCUGAGCUGCUCCCCCGACACCAUGUCCAGCCGCCUGCAGUGCAGAGGCAGAUCUCACACAGACAGAGAGAGCGCCACACACAGGCCACGUGAGAGCUUCUGCAACAACAGCCGGGAGCUGGCUGCCCACUACCAACACAAGAGGCUCCUGCACACGAUCGAUGCCGAGAAGUUGCCAGAUGAAGUGUUCACGCAGAUCUGCCAGGCGCUGGAAUCCAGUUUCAACAUGUAAUUUCUACACUUUCCUCAAAUGCCACUCAAACACCCCCACCCUCUUCUCAAAGUCCGUCUGUAAAGACCUUUUCUCUCUGUUUCUGACCCCGGCGCAGACCUGGUAUUAACACCAACUCUCUGAGUGAUCCAAUCACAUCCAGAUGACACACACACACAAAGUUCAGUUGUGAAGACCCCCCGAUCCGUCCUGAAUGCAGAUCUGAUCACAUAAACUACAUUCAGCGGAGGCCACAUUCCACGUUAGAGAGCCGACUUCCUCCUCUGCUGACGUCCUCUUGUGGUUUCACAGUAUUAUUACACUCAUCAGCACUCGUUGACUUCAUAGACACCGCCACAAUAUUAACACUGGUCAACACAAGAGUUCUCCUCAUGUUAGAGCAGCAUGAGUACAGCUUUGAUUCAUUCACUCAAGCUUCUGAGGGUGUCAAACUCAAAUGACCUGGGGGCCAAUGAGUGUCACAUCAUUUCAUCAUAUAUUGAAGAUUUUCACGGUGAUAUUUCAGAGGAUUUCAAAGUAAAAAGUGCUCGUUUUGAUGAAUAAAAACAUAUUUAUAACGCAAAAUAAGUCUGUUAAUGUCAAAAACAGAGAAAUUAAUCUAAAAUUCACUAGUGUAAUUUUCACAUAAAACAAGCCAAACCAAAUGUCUUAUUAUUACUAUUAUAAAAGUAUUGCUAGAAAAUAUAUAUUAAACAUAAAUAUGUAUACAUACAUAUAUAUAUACACACACAUCUAUAUACAUAUAGAUGUGUAGAUAUAAAAAGAAAAGAAAACAGAGGCUCAGUUAGGACAGGGACUAGGUCUAUUUUUGGUAUUCUAACUUGCCCGACAACAUGCAUUGCAACUUUUUGGAAAGUUGCUGCUUUCCUCUCUCUCCCGCUCUAUCAUGCACAGACGCACCAAUAGAAUCAUGUCGACAUCAGACACAUCUGUACAGUCGGACACUUGUUGAAAAAACCUAAUUUUACAGUCCCGAUAUCAGUGUGUAUUUGAAUAAAGUGCAGAGGAAGUCACAUUCCAUCUCCUGUGGUCACAGGACGCAGGUUAAUGCCAGGUGUGAACAGGCGUCACAACUCUGUCCACAUGUGAUAAGACCACCGAGGCUAAUACCAGGUCUAACCUGGAACACAUGAUCUCACACCUUCACCAGAAAUACCUAUCAUUGAACUUUAGUCUGCAUGUCCCAGCAUCCUCCCAGUGAUCAGUGACAACUUCUCUCUGCUUUCGAUGCUGCCAAAGCACCAGUUUGUUAAACUCUGCUGCACCUCUUUGCAUCGUCUUUCUUUCUCUCUCUCUCUCUCCUACAUCAACCUUUAAUAUACGCUGCCAACUGCCAGACGGAGGCACAUACAUGUACAGAGAAAUUAGCAUUCCCUGCUGUGACUGAGCGUGUUUCUCCAGUUGAACGUGACGGGGUUCAGUGGGGGCUCCGUGUUAAGGCAUGUGUUAAGGCUCUCACGCACAGCAACAUGCUUCACCGUCGUGUCACGAGCAUGCACAAAUUACAAUCAAGCUUGACUGCCUUUAAUUUUCCUGCAUUAAAUAAUAAACGGCAGAGUAUUUAACAAUAUUGCAUUUGUAUGUUUUUAAGCUCAUCGUUCAAGUGCUUGUUUGAGUCUGGUGUUUAACAUUCAAUAAAGACAGUGCAUUUGCUAAAAGGA